GAAAAGGGGACGCAACAUGGCGGCGCCGGGAGGGUACCACGUGUGGGUGGGGGCCGAGACCGGGGCGCUCAAAGGUGUGAACCUACGGAAGAAGCAGGCGACGAAUUUCGGGGUGCUGAACCGCGGGGGGGGCGUCUGUGCCCUGUGCUGGGGGGGCCCCGACCAGAGCGAGCUCCUGGUCGCUUCCCUCGAUCGUUCUGUGAAGCUUUUUAGCACAGAAAAAGGUAAAUUCACGGAUUCCUGGCAGUGCCCGGGGGGGGACGGGCCCUUCUGCGGCAUCGCCACGCACGACAGCGCCAUCAUCACCUGCGUGGAGUCAGGGCUGAUCCGCGUUUGGCGUCAGGAUGGGACGGAGCCUUUGGAGCUGGAGGCAGGAGGGGGGCUGUGCCGGAUGCGCCAGGAUCCGGUGAAUCAGCAGCGGCUCGGCACCGGCGGCAAGGAGAACGCCCUCAAGGUCUGGGACCUGGAGCGGCCGCGAGAGCCCGUCUUCCGCGCGAAAAAUGUACGGAACGACUGGUUGGAUCUGCGGGUGCCGAUCUGGGACCGCGACCUCCAGUUCCUGAGCUCCGGAAAAAUCGUCACCUGUACCGCCCACCGCCAGAUCCGUGUCUACGACCCUGCGUCCCCCCAGCGGCGCCCGGUGAUGGAGGCGAUGUUCGGGGAGGCCCCACUGACCGCGCUGGCGCUGCCGCCCGGCGAGACUUCGGUGGUCGUGGGCAGCGCCCAUGGGGACAUCGCUGUCAUUGACCUCCGCAAGGGCCGAGUGCUGCGGUGCCUAAAGGGGGUGUCUGGGGGGGUGCGGGCGCUGCAGUGUCACCCCCUGCGCCCCCUCCUCGCCUCCUGCGGCCUCGAUCGCUGCCUCCGCCUGCACCACCUGGGCCAGGGGCACCUCCUGCACAAGGUCUACCUGAAGUCCCGCCUGACCUCCCUCCUGCUCAGCACCCACCAAGACUGGGAGACAGAGGAAGAAGAGCCCCCCCCGCCGCUUGAGGUGAAGGAGGAAGAUGAGGACGCGCUGUGGGACGCGAUGGAAACCGUCGCGACCGCUGGGAAUCGCCCCAAAAAACGGAAGAGUUCGGGACUGUGAGAGGAGUUUGGGGGGA